AUGAUAAAGCAAUUCCUUGGACGGCUCCCCAAGAAGCCGUCCAAAUCCGGAGAUAAGGAUCCUAUUGGCCGGUCCAGCCCCUCGGUGUCGCACCCGCCAUUGGGUCCGAGAGCUGGAGACAGGGCCGCCAACUUGAGUAUCUAUCCACCGGUUAUCUCCAGCUCUGGGCUCAGUUAUGGGAGUGGCAUGCAUGUUGGCAAUGCAAAUACGAGGGCACACGUGAAUGGUGAUUCAGCCACAUCAGCAUUUCUGUCGUUACCGAGCUUUAAGGAUGUGCCCAACACAGAGAAACAGAGCUUGUUCAUCAAGAAGCUGAACUUGUGCUGCAUCCAAUUUGACUUCACUGAUCCAACAAAGAACAUAAAGGAGAAGGAGAUAAAGAGACAAACUUUGGUGGAGCUCGUUGACUAUAUUGCUUCGGCCACUGGGAAAUUUUCUGAGGCAAGCAUGCAAGAGAUCACAAAAAUGGUUUCUGCAAACCUAUUCAGGACACUGAGUACUCCUCUCAGAGAGAACAAAGUGGACGUCUUUGAUCUGGAUGAGGAGGAGCCUGUCAUGGACCCUUCAUGGCCACACCUGCAGAUUGUUUAUGAGUUGUUCUUGAGAUUCAUUCAGUCUCAAGAGACUGAUGCCAAGUUUGCUAAACGGUACAUUGAUCAUUCGUUUGUUCUGAGGCUACUUGACCUCUUUGAUUCAGAAGACCCUAGGGAGAGAGAGUACCUCAAGAUGAUACUUCACCGUGUCUAUGGAAAGUUCAUGGUUCAUCGGCCCCAUAUUCGGAAAGCCAUUAACAACAUUUUCUAUCAGUUUAUCUAUGAAACUGAAAAACACAAUGGAAUCGCAGAGAUAUUGGAGAUUUUGGGAAGUAUCAUCAAUGGGUUUGCAUUGCCACUUAAGGAAGAGCAUAAAUUGUUCCUUGUUCGAGCUUUAAUUCCACUUCACAAGCCAAAGUGCAUUGCGAUGUAUCAUCAGCAAUUGUCUUACUGCAUCACCCAGUUUGUCGAAAAGGAUUGCAAACUUGCAGAUACAGUUAUCAGAGGCCUGUUAAAAUAUUGGCCCAUCACUAAUAGCUCCAAGGAGGUGUUGUUUCUGGGGGAGUUGGAAGAGAUAUUGGAAGCUACGCAACCUGCAGAGUUUCAGAAAUGCAUGGUCCCUCUCUUCCGCCAGAUUGCACGGUGCCUGAAUAGCUCACACUUUCAGGUUGCUGAGCGGGCGUUAUUUUUGUGGAACAACGACCAUAUCGAGAGUCUGAUCAAACAAAAUAGUAGGGUUAUACUACCUAUCAUCUUUCCUGCACUGGAGAAAAAUACCAGCAGGCACUGGAACCAAGCUGUGCAAAGCCUUACUCUAAAUGUUCGAAAACUGUUCUCUGACCAUGACCCUGGUCUAUUCACUGAGUGUCUGGGGAAAUAUGAGGAAGAGAAAGUGAAAGAGGAGGAGGUUAAGUUGAAACAAGAAGCCACAUGGAAGCGCCUUGAGGAGAUUAAGUCAACGAAAGCGACAAGCGGUGCAGCAGUUCUCGCCUCUCGACCCAGACCCUUGUCCCGUCAAUCUUCAGCCGUGUAG